GUCAUUCCUCAAGAACAAACAGGAAUUCCAGGUCCUACAUCACGUUUGUUCUGUCACUCGACGAGUUGCGGCAGGCAGAUAGGGAGGAGACGAACCAGCCCAAGAGAACGCACAGUAACAUCUCAGCUUUGAUAAGAAGCAUACAUGUGGCUCUGGAUUUUCUUUCCUUUGGCUCUCUCACUAACUUCCUUCGUCGGAACUUGGGCUGUAUAUGGCUUAGCCUACUCCAAUCAACAUGUGUGCUCGCUCACUGACUGGUGGGGGGAGAACUUCUGCACAGCCAACCACACCACCAACUGCUGUAGGGUUCCCACCAUAAGCACAAGUGGGACCUACGCUCCGGAGAAUUCACUUUUCACAGCGGUCAUCAACGCUGGCUCCUUUCUGUUUUUCUUCUUCUCCAUAUUCCACCAUGCCCACAUCAUGGAGAAAAAUGCUAGCCAUGCCACCAUGAGCAGGUUUGCUCUGGCCUUUGGCGUGGUGGCCUCCAUGGGAUCAUUCGCUGCCGGGAACUGCAAUCCUGGGUACCUGACGCUACUGCACCAUGCAGGGGCUGGACUAAGCUUCUUGUGCAUCUGCUGCUACAUGGUCCUACUGACCGCACUGACCAAUAGAUGCCUGCUGACGGGAUACGAGAAUGUCCUCUACCCGCUACGCGUCGUGUCCACGCUGCAACAGACCAUCCUCACUAUUUGCUAUACUUUUUGUUUUGCCCACCUCGACUACCACUACGUGCACCUGUCUGCUGUUUUCGAGUGGAUCCUCAGUGCUAACUUGGAGCUGUUUGAGCUCAGCUUCAUGGUGGAAUUCAGUUUCUUCUCCUCCUACAUGCUGUCCAAUCUCUACAGCCAACGCGAGGAGGAGAGGCCCUUUAUUAUGGCCUGACAUACACUUAAGGCUGCCCGGCUACAGCCGGAGAACAGGUUACCAGGACGAUAAAAAUCUGAAGACUUUAGAUGUUCAUAUUAACAAUGUCGGAUCUUAUACUGUGAAGAUGUCUCAUGUUACGUUUAUGCCUUUGAAACCUUGGCUGCCUACAGAGAAAAAAAUCUUGUUAAGUCAGAUUGCUAGAAAAAAAAAAAACCUGUUGAGUUAGAUUGCUACAAUGUUUCAAAGACCAUCCUUGGUGGAUGUCGUCACCUAACUCACUCAUCAAGGUGUGGCAAACAACGGGAGAUGACAUUCAUGUGCUGAAACGAAACAGCUUUUGUUCUAAACCCUUAUGACGUGUACAGCGGUGCCUUGGGAGUGACCGACAACGCUUUUUUUUUUUUUUUUCUCAAGAGUAACACUGUAGAUUGAGUGAUUUUAUAGUGACAUGCAAAAAAUUCCCAGUCUUGUGAGCAAAAACCUCCAUCACAAGCACCGUUACUAGUCUCCGUCAUGUCUCAUUGAGUUAGUGAUUUUUUUUCUAUUGUGUUUUACUUUGUAAAACAUUACAGGGUGUUAUUUAUCACACAUUACAUGACAUUUCCAUUCAUUUCAAUUAGCAGUGACGCUGAGAUAAGUGAUAGUUCCCGAAUGAAUUCAACUCAUAUCUCAAGGCACCGCUGUGAAGACCAGAACUGUUGCUCAGACGCUGACACUAAUUUGGCUGUCACCUUUACUCUGCCUGCUUUUUGGUUUGGACAUAAAAACUGGUUUUCCUAGUUCUAUGACAAUAAUGGCAUUUCGGACCAAGUUGUCUACUCGCUUGAAAGUAGCUCUGGAUUUUUCACCUGUAUGAAAACACUCCAUUUACAGAACUGUGACUAAAUACGAAAGAAAAUAAUUGCCUGUGCGGAACGGUUUAAGACCUCGGAUGUUAUCUGAGUGACGGAGAAGUAGAUUGGGUGAAAGCAAUUUUCAAGACAGCUAGGACUGAAUAAAUCAAUGUCAAAACGAA